AUGCACAACCCUCUACUGGAGGUCUGCUGUCUGCUUUUGAAGGGGCAGCUUGUACAGGGACUGCCAGCUGCCUUGCGAGGUAACGUCUGGACCAAAAAACUCAGUCACUUUGAUUCCUUCAUCCCUGCCAAAGAGUGCAGGUUCCAGAACCAUAACACUGAUUUGGUACACUGCUUUUUUUCCCUGGAGCCUGAAACUUGUCCAGGUGGGGAGUUGUGUCAGCAGCUGACCUCCUACUUCCUGACACUCCCCCACAGCUGGGGUGAUAGACAGAGAGACGGGAAACUGUACUCACACUCUUCACUCCACUGGUCAUACCAAGUAUGGUUUUCUGCAAAUGCUCUGUUUCGGGGCGUCCACAAAUGUUGCUGUCACCUUCAUCAGAUGUCCCAGUUUGGUGCAUCCAGCCUCUCAGAGAUUGGGUCACAGGCUGGCAGACUGAAGUGGUUGAGUCUUUAUGAGGUUGUUAAAAACAAAGGUUCCUCAAACAAUCACAGUGUGUACGGCUGCCCUCUGGCCAAGAAGAGGAAGAGUCUAGACAGACAAACCCUGGAACCCUCGCCCAAGAGGAGCACCUACCUAGAUGACAUGGACAACUCCACCAUGGAGGAGUGCUACGAGACAGACGGGACGGAGGAGAUGGACGACAGGGAGGAAGAGGAGGAGGAAGGCGCCGUAGAAGAGGAGGAGGAGGAGGAAGAAGAGGGGGAGGUGGAGGAGGAAGAGGAGGAGGAAGUGGAAGGGUACAUGGACUAUAACGAGGAGCAAAUGGAGCAGGAGGAAGGCGAGGUGGAGAGAGGGGAGGAGGAGGAAGAGGAAGAGGAGGAGGAAGAAGAGGAGGUAGAGGUGGAGCAGGAAGAAGAGGAGGAAGAGGAGAGGGUGGAGGAGGAGGAAGAGGAGGCGGUAGAGGAGGUGCACUAUGAAGAGGGGGAGGAGGAGGAUGGAGAGCAGAGUCAAGGGCAAGAGGACGAUCUGAUGAGCAGUGGAGAGGGGGGCGAGGGUGAUGGCGGAGGUGGCGGUGGCGGCAAUGCCAAACCUGGCUCCGUCGAAAAGGACGACAACAACAACGACGAGUACGAGAACUACGACGAACUCGUGGCCAAGUCGCUGCUCAACCUGGGGAAGAUCGCCGAGGACGCUGCCAACCGAGCCAUGACGGAGUCCGAGAUGAACAGCAACUCCUCCAACAGCGCGGAGGAAGAAGAUGAAGAGGAGGAGGAAGAAGAGGAGGAAGAAGAGGAGGAGGAGGAGGAUGAAGAAGAGGAGGAGGAGGAGGAAGAUGAAGAGGAGGAAGAGGAGGAGGAAGAAGAGGAAGAGGGGGAAGGAGAUGAAACACAAAAAGCUGACCUGAGUUUGGACGUUGACAGUGAUGUGGUCAGGGAGACGGUGGACUCUCUUAAACUGCUGGCACAGGGUCACGGCGCAGUACUGUCUGACAAUUUAGAUGGACAGGAGUAUGAUGGUACAACUGAGAACGGGGGAGGGAAUGACUGUUCCCAUGGGGGAAAUGCACACAAUGGUGGUAAUGGACAAAUUAAGACCAUCGGUAAUGGACAAUUAGAAAACAGCGACGAGGAAGUGUGUCUAAGCAGUCUAGAAUGCCUACGGAACCAAUGCUUCGACCUAGCUCGGAAACUAAGCGAAACCAAGUCCACAGACCGAAACGGACCACCCCAGCUAAAUCUUUUUACAUGCGGGGAUCCCAAUCAACAGCCCCAGCAUCACGGCUAUGGGGAUUACCAACAUAGCCAAGACGACAGACGACUUGAUAGGAACUAUUCCGACAUGGACAAUCUCAUGAAGCUGGAGGAGCAGCUGAGCCCACGCUCCAAGGCCUUCUCAAGUUGCGCACAGGACGACCGAUAUCACAACCACCGGGACUUUGACGAGGACACGGCCUCCGUGACAUCGGAUCGAUCAGAAGAAGUGUUUGACAUGACGAAGGGUAACCUGUCCCUUUUGGAAAAGGCCAUUGCACUAGAGUCAGAACGGGCCAAGGCAAUGCGGGAUAAAAUGGCGGCCGAGGCUGCCAGGAGAGACGGGGUGAGGUAUAGCCACGAAGACCAUGGCCCAAGGCACGGCUACGGUGUUGAGCGUAAAGCCCGUCUUCCUGAUGGUAUGAAGAAGCUUUUCUACCAUAAAGAUGCUUCACGCGCCGACAAGAAGGAGAGCCGGUGUCCGACGCCGGGCUGCGACGGCACGGGUCACGUGACGGGCUUGUACCCCCACCAUCGGAGCUUGUCCGGCUGUCCGCACAAAGACAGGGUGCCACCAGAAAUCGUGGCUAUGUAUGAGAAUGUUCUUAAGUGUCCUACGCCUGGCUGCACGGGACGCGGCCAUGUCAAUAGCAACAGAAACUCCCACAGAAGUCUGUCAGGUUGUCCCAUCGCCGCAGCAGAGAAGCUGGCCAAAGCCCAGGAGAAGCACCAGGGCUGCGACGGCCCCAAGUCCAACCAGGCCUCUGACCGAGUCUUAAGGCCUAUGUGCUUUGUCAAACAACUGGACUAUCCACAGUAUGGUUACAAGAACAAUGUCUCCACCAGCACGCCCCGCUCCAACCUGGCCAAGGAGCUGGAGAAGUACUCCAAGACCAGCUUCGACUACAGCGCGUUCGACGGCAGCAACAACCACCAAGUGUACGGGAAACGGGCCAUCGCACCCAAAGUUCACGGGCAAAGAGACACCUCCCCGAAAGGAUAUGAUGCCAAACGCUACUGCAAGAACUCCAGCUCGGCCAGCAGCACCACCAGCACCUACGCCCCCAGCAGUAGCAGCAGCAGCCUGAGCUGCGGGGGCGGCGGAGGAGGAGGGGGCGCGGGCGGAGGCGGCGGCGGGGGCGGAGGCAGCAGCGCCAGCAGCACUUGCAGCAAGAGCAGCUUCGACUACAGUCACGACAUGGAGGCUGCUCACAUGGCGGCCACAGCCAUCCUCAACCUAUCCACACGCUGCCGGGAGAUGCCACACGGGAUGGGGGGGAAACCUCAGGACCUGUGCUCACAGAGUCCCAGCCUAGAUGUGGAUGAGAACGGUACAUUGGACCUGAGUAUGAGCAAGCGUCUGUGCAGCGGUGGUGGAGGAGACUCGGUGCUCACACCUCUAGAGCCCAUGUCCCCCCAGAGGCAAGCCGCCCUGCUGGGCUCCCGCUGCUACGGCAUGGGGGAUGCCGCCGACUGCUGGGACCUGCCCGUAGACUACACCAAGAUCAAACACAUAGAUGAGGACGAGAAAGAGCCGGAUGACCUGGAUCCUUUCCACGACUUGCUGGAGGACCGGUCCUACUCCACCGACGUCAACAUGUCCAGUCCCAAGCCCAAGUAUGUCCAGUGCAAGGAGAGUAAGAAGGACCUGAUAACAUGUCCCACACCGGGGUGUGAUGGAAGUGGUCACUUGACGAGCAAUUUCGCCUCACAUCGAAGUCUCUCAGGUUGUCCUUUAGCUGAUAAAAGCAUUCGAAGUAUGCUGGCCAACAACGCGCAAGAGCUCAAGUGCCCGACACCAGGGUGCGACGGUUCGGGACAUAUCACUGGCAACUACGCCUCUCACAGAAGUCUCUCAGGGUGUCCGCGGGCCAGGAAAAGUGGGAUAAAGAUCAUCCACAGUAAAGAGAACAAGGAGGACCAGGAGCCUAUCAGAUGUCCAGUCCCAGGUUGUGAUGGUCAGGGGCAUGUGACGGGGAAGUACGCAUCUCACAGAAGUGCAUCAGGAUGCCCCAUAGCAGCCAAGAGACAAAAAGACGGCUACAUGAACGGCAUCCAGUUCACGUGGAAGUCCGGCAAGACGGAGGGCAUGUCCUGUCCAACACCGGGCUGUGACGGCUCGGGUCACGUCAGCGGCAGUUUCCUCACACAUCGGAGUCUGUCGGGUUGUCCACGUGCCACCUCUGCCAUGAGGAAAGCCAGGCUCUCCGGAGUGGAAAUGCUAACAAUAAAGCAGCAACGUGCCAGCAACGGACUGGAGCAUGAAGAGGACAUCAAACAGCUGGAUGAAGAAAUCAAAGAUUUAAGUGAAUCAAAUUCACAAGUGGAAGCGGACAUGAUCAAACUCAGAACACAGAUCACAACAAUGGAGUCCAACCUGAAGUCCAUAGAGGAGGAAAACAAGGUGAUUGAACAGCAAAAUGAAUCUCUCCUGCAUGAGCUGGCCAACCUCAGCCAGUCACUGAUUAACAGUUUAGCUAAUGUCCAGCUCCCUCAUAUGAAACCACUGGUACACAAAGAGCCUCCUCUGAGGAAUAACAGCUGCUUACAGCUGCACCAGCAAGAGCCAAUAAGCGAGCAGAACUUUGACGCCUACGUGACCACUCUAACGGAUAUGUACACAAACCAAGACCAGUACCAGAGCCCGGAAAACAAAGUCCUGUUGGAAAAUAUCAAGCAAGCUGUUCAAGGGAUCCAAGUGUAA